AUGUCCUACAACAAAGACGUUGCUAAACUGAAGAGUGGUUUCGAUGAGUUACCGGUGAUGAAGAAGAACCCUUCGCUGAUGACGAAGCUGUUGUUCAAAAACACUUCAUGGGCAUCUGUCUGUAUUUGGGCACUGUCCUUUUGCCAAAGCUUUGCGACUACUGGUCCACAGAUCCUAUUCACCCAGAUUCUCGGGCAAAGAGAUCUAAGUCGAUUGAAAGAGAAAAUCUCGGGAGCAAGCAACAAGAACAGUACCAAAGCUGUUACUGUAGGCUGGCCGAUCAACAUGGACGCCAGCAUGCCAAAACCUAUGCCAGGAAGUCCAGAACUCAAUGUUAUGUCUGUCAAAGCCUCAUCUGCUUGA